AUGGCGGACUGCAUGGAUAGCUGCGCCCUUGUACCCCCGCAGUACCCGCGACGGGGUCUGCAGGAGGCGGAAAACCAUCGCUCCGUGGCCGCACUGUACGAACUCGUCGAGAACGCCAUCGCCACCGCGGAGAACUACGUGGCGUACACGCAAGGACGCCUGGUCGCGCUCUCCGCCCGUGGCUCCGACCUCCUCGCGGCCUCGGCAGAGAUGAAGGAGCGCUACAAGCACGAGGCCCCAUGCGGCUGGACAGAGGAGAAGCUCAUGCAGCACUGCCAACAGGAGGUGACCGUGGAGGAGCUGGCCGACAUCAUCUCGCGCCCGCCGCUCGAUGUUGCGGGGGUUCGAAGCGUUUUGCUCACCCUGCAGGAGGCCAAGGCGGAGCUCCCACGUGGUCGCUUCCUGCUGAUGCGGGAGAACCUCUCCGCGCUGAAGCCGCACCAGCCUCCCGACAUGACGCGUGACCUUGCCGAUAUAUGCGGGGCACUGUACGAGGUCCAGCACGUUGACCUCAUGGCGGAGCUGCGCGAGGAGCUGUCGGAGCUCGACAAGGGACGGCAAAAGACGCAGGAAAAGCUUGACGAGGCCAUCAGUGUUUAUGAGCGCGCCCUGGCCAAGGGUGACGUGGUGGAGGUGGAGCGCGCCCACCGGCAGUUGAUUGCCGCACGCUACGAGGUGGUGGACGCGUGUGCGAAGCUGAUGCAGCAGAUUAUUGGGGGUGACAUGUCCGCCCAGGAGAACAGCUUCGCUGCCGAACUCGACGCCCUGCAGCGCGACGCAGAGGAGGGAAUUGGACGCUUUAAGGAUGCCCUUCAAGAACGACGCCAGGCCCUCCGCGACGACCUUCGCAACUGUGAUCAGAAGCGGAUGGAGGAGGACGGCAACCACCAGAGAUGCACGGAGGCCUACAACGCGACGGAGAAGGAGCUGGACGCGCAACUUGGACAAAUCGUGCAACAGAAGCAAAAAUUGGUGGAGGAGCUGCGUCAAAAGGCGCGGGAGUUGCAGGAACUUAUGGUGAAGCAGAAGGAGAUGGCCGAGGCUCAGGUGCGGGCCAAGCGGGCGGAGGAGGAGCGCCUGACUGCGUACAAUGAGUUUGUUAACAUGGAGGAGCAGCAGAAACAUCGCCUGCUUCGUUGCCUCGACUACUUUGACCGCAUCGACCCAGUCAUCCCGGAGCUGCAGUCGUACGUGGAAGACAUGGUCGCCCGCAUGCCGCGGCAGAGCCUACGCGAGACGCUCAACAAACUCAACGACACCGAGGCCGAGGUCUUUAUGGCCGCGUACGGGGCGUUCGUCUCGUGCUGCGGUGAGCUGACGGUGAAGAAGAUGCACCGCCUCGACACCCUGGAGCGGCAGGCCCGCCUCGUGGAGCACAACCGCAACUCCGCAAUGGAGAGCCUCGACCCAAACAUGAGCAACUACCGCGUGGAGCUGGAGAACCUCAUCGAGCAGAUGAAGGGGGUUUCCGGCGUGAUCAACGCCCUCAAUGCGACGCAGGACGCCGGAGAGCAGCUGUUUCAAAGCGUUGAGGAGGGUGUGCUGGCGAAGUACGAGCGCGCCGGGACCCCCUUCGUGCACCCACUGCAGGAGUACGGCAUCAAGUCGGUGGAGGAGCGCGGCCGCUUCGUCAACCGCUCCAUGCGCUACGUCGAGGACGAGGAGCGGAAGGUGCUGGAGAAGAAGAAUGUGCUGAACCGCAUGCGGCAGGCCGUCGAGGAAGACGAGGCGGCCACCGAAUCCGCGCUGCGCAACGCGCCCGCCGCACCGGAGUACUGA